UCACAGGUUCCGAAAUACCUGACGCUAAAAAAGCUAAAAGCAUUCUGCAAAUCGGCAGCUUGCGCUAUUGAAAGAUCCAAAAAGCCGUGGAUCAUCCGGAGCCAUCAACUCUUGACCUCUGACAACCCUCCCCAAGCAAAGAUCGAGGGAAAUGCCAAUGAAAGCAAGAUAGAUAAAAGGCUCACAAUUUUCAUUUCAAAUAUAUCAGCUCAACACCUUGACUUGAUCUUGAUCUUUUAAUAAAUUUAUCUUGACAAUGAAGAUUUCUUGCUUGGCAGUAUUUGCCGUCUCUGUGGCUCAUGGGUUUGUGAUUCCCUCGUCUCACCGCCAUGUCGUUUCUUCCUUGAAAAUGUUUGGCGGCAGUGAUUAUCUCAGUGGACUUACCAACAGUGGCAGUGAUACUACCGACCAAGAAGCCUUUGCGGCAGCCCAACAAGCCAAGAUGGAUGCCAUUGACGCCCGCGUCGCCCAACAGACGGUCGAGUCCUUGGAGAACAUGGUGACACGAGAAGCCAAUAUCAAACCCACUCGUCGUACCAAACCCACCGCGGAUCCCUUUAACCCCGACUUUGGUCGCAUUGCCAGUGUCCCCUACCACGAAGCCUUUCCCUCGUCCACCAAGGAAUACAAGACCGUCGUUCAUCCGUCGACUGGGCAUGUCCUGAACAUUCCCUUUCGUCGCGUCCAUCUCGAAGAUCCCGAUCAACCGUACUUGGAUUUGUACGAUACGUCCGGACCACCCGGAGUGGAUCCUCAUCAAGGUGCUCCCAAGUUGCGCAAAGAAUGGAUUGAAAAACGCGAAGCCGCAGGACAUCCGCGCAUGACCCAAAUGUACUUUGCCCGACAAGGAAUCAUUACCGAAGAAAUGCUCUAUGUGGCAGCCCGUGAAAACGUCAAUGCCGAAUUUGUGAGAUCCGAAGUCGCUCGCGGUCGGGCCAUUAUCUGUUCCAACAAGAAUCAUUUGGAACUCGAGCCGCAAAUUAUUGGACGCAUGUUCAAGGUCAAAAUCAAUGCCAAUAUUGGUAACUCCGCUAUUACGUCGUCCAUAGAAGAGGAAGUCGAAAAGUUGCAAUGGAGUAUUCUUUGGGGUGGAGAUACCCUCAUGGAUUUGAGUACCGGAAAGCACAUUCAUGAAACACGAGAAUGGAUCAUGCGCAAUUCGCCCAUUCCUGUUGGAACGGUCCCCAUCUACCAAGCACUCGAAAAGGUCGAUGGCAUUGCCGAAGAUCUCACAUGGGAAGCCUUCCGUGAAACACUCAUUGAACAAGCCGAACAGGGAGUUGAUUACUGGACCAUUCAUGCCGGUGUGCUCUUGCAGUACGUCCCCAUGACCGUAUCGCGCAAAACCGGUAUUGUCUCGCGAGGUGGAUCCAUUCAUGCCAAGUGGAAUAUCUUUCAUCACAAACAAAACUUUGCCUAUGAACAUUGGGAUGAUAUUCUCGAUAUCUGUAAUCAGUACGAUAUCGCACUCUCCAUUGGAGAUGGACUACGACCUGGAUCUAUCUACGAUGCCAAUGACGAAGCACAGUUUGCCGAACUCAAAACACAAGGAGAAUUGACCCGACGCGCAUGGGAAAAGGACGUCCAAGUCAUGAACGAAGGACCGGGACAUGUCCCGCUUCAUAAAAUCCCCGAAAAUAUGCGCAAACAGUUGGACUGGUGUAUGGAGGCACCCUUUUACACAUUGGGGCCUCUCACGACCGAUAUCGCGCCCGGUUAUGAUCACAUUACCAGUGCCAUUGGUGCCGCCAACAUUGCUGCACUCGGCACGGCCAUGCUCUGUUAUGUGACACCCAAGGAACAUUUGGGACUCCCCAAUCGUGACGAUGUCAAGGCCGGAAUUAUUGCCUACAAGAUUGCCGCUCAUGCGGCCGAUCUUGCCAAGGGUCUCGACAGGGCACAAGAUCGUGACGAUGCCCUCUCCAAGGCUCGCUUUGAAUUCCGUUGGAACGAUCAGUUCAAUCUGAGUUUGGACCCCGUCACGGCACGUGCCUUUCACGAUGAAACAUUGGACAAUGAUGCCAGCAAGACCAGUCACUUUUGCAGCAUGUGCGGACCCAAAUUCUGCAGUAUGAAGAUUACCGAAGAUGUGCGUCAAUACGCCGCCGAGAAUGGAUACGGCGUCGAACAGGCCGUGGAACAGGGCAUGGCGGAAAUGAGUGAAAAGUACAAGGAACACGGACAACAGUUGUACCUUGAAAACAUGGAAAAUGUCAUUAAUCCCCUGGGAGACAUUGCAUCGGGUGAGACCACGCCCUAAGAUGUUAGAUUGAUGGCGGCGAAACGAAGGAAACGACGCUGGAGAAACGGAACGAAAGAAACAAUGAUUGGGUAGACGAAGAAGCUAGACCGUGUGCGGGAGCCAAGAAGAUUUUAAAUUAUCUUGCUGAGAUAUGGAGUUGAUGCCAGGUGGACACAUGGAUCGAUCGCAUGAUUGAUCUGUGUGUGGAUGACUCUCAACCGUUCGAACUUGAACAAGUUAAUGCUUGCGAAAAGGAACAUGGUUGGCUUUGGAUGUACUACUGCUGGGUAGAGAGAGGAAAAAGGAUUGUGAGAUUCUGUGUGAAUGUGAACAAUGAAAGAAAAACGACGAUGAGCGGAGGUGGAGGGUUGAAGCCUACAACAUGGCCAGAAAGAAAGUAUGCAUAUUCAAAAGAGAGACAUAAAGCUUGCUACCAGCGAGCAGCAGUUAGAUCUAGUUAUGACGC